UUUCAAAUUUAAUUCAAAUUCAAUUCAAAUCAAAACAUAUCAAACUUUGAUAACGCAACUUUCGGAAUGUUGUAGAAGUUUUGUUUUGAAAUUAAGCAAAUUAAAGAGAAUAUAAGUGGAAACUAUUUGAGGAAUUGGCAUAUUUAAAAUGAAGAAAGGGAAGAUGUGGCUGAAUCCUAUGUUUGACGUAGAUGAAGAUUCAGCACCAAAAAAGAUAAAGAAUGGUCCUAAACAAAGCAAAUCGUCCGAAGAGAAACCUAAACAUAUAAACGACAAAAUCGAAACACCAAUAAUAAACCACAAAAAUUGGAUGAAAAACUUUGAUCCUGUUAAAGUCGAAGACCUAGCAGUUCAUAACAAAAAAAUUCAAGAAGUUGAAGACUGGUUAAAAAAUGCUACGCGAAAUUCAAGUGAUGUAUUACUUCUAAGUGGGCCUGUGGGAUGCGGCAAGACAGCAACAAUACAAACAUUGGCCACCAAACUUGGUAUUAAAAUAACAGAGUGGAUCACACCAGUAGAUAUUGAAUUACCCACUGACUAUGGUGAAUAUGAAUUUAAAGAGAAACAAUCUAAAAAGUUUUUAGACUUCAUAAUAAAUGCAGCCAAUUUUACAUCAUUGUUGGACAACAAUAGUAAUAAGUUGGUACUAGUUGAAGAUUUUCCUAACACUUUCCUGAGAACACCAGCAGAAUUUUCUAAUGUUUUACAGCAAUAUGUUAAUAGAGCAAAAUCACCAAUUGUGUUCAUAUGUUCGGAAAAUAAUUCAGAUAACAAAAAUACAACAUUAAAUAUAUUUACACCAAGUUUAAAAGAACAAUUUCAGAUUCACCAUGUUGUCUUCAAUAGUGUUUCCACAACAGGCUUGAGGGCUGCAUUGAAAAGAGCAUCCGAUAUUAUAAACAAAAAAUAUGAUAGUAUGUACAAUAUUCCAACAAUGGACUUGAUAGAGUCUGUUGUCAACACUUCCGGUGGAGAUGUUAGAUCUGCUAUUCUAAAUUUGCACUUUGCAAGCUUAAAGGGUAUAAAUCAUAGCUUAGAAACUAGUAUAAUUAAGGAAAGUAAAAGUAAAGGCAAAACAAAGAAGAAAAAGACUACACAUAAGUUUAUGUCACUUGGUAAAGAUCAGACUGUCAGCAUCUUGCAUGGAGUCGGCAGGGUCUUAAAUCCUAAAGUUUUUGAAGAAAAUGGAAUAUCAAAACUGUCACAUUCGCCUGAAGAAAUUGUGGACCAAUUUUUAUCUAAUCCAGGUUCUUUUAUAAAUUUCCUUGAAGAAAAUUACUUACCACAUUUCUCUUGUAUACAUGAUAUUGAAAAAGCCACAUCUGCACUCAGUGAUGCUGACUUCCUGCUUUCGGAAUGGAGGGAAAAGUUUUGUCAAGAAUAUGGUUUAUACAUCGGCGUAGCUGGAAUGAUGCUCGCUAACAAGGCACCUGUGUCUGCUUGGAAUCCUGUCAGGGGACCAAAAAACAUGAAUCCUCAAUAUCCGACUAUGCAUCAAUUACAGCUUCUGGAUAAAAACUUUAUGUAUAAGGGAAAAAUACUUGUAACUGAUUAUCAGAGUUAUUGUAAAAUAAUAGGUAACAAGGAAGAUCAGGAAGUCAAUAAUGAAGAUUACAUAAUUGAGUAAAUUGUUACAAUAAACCAUUCAUAAUAAGUAAAGUGUUAGU